AAUGCAUAGGUGUGAUGGUGAAUCAUAUUAUACACAAUUGGCAUGUGAAUUUAAAACCAUCUUGCCAUUUAGCAAAUUCAGUCACUUUAGUAUUGUUUGAGAAAUAUCAACAGCCACAAAAUGUCAGGUUAUGGAUGGCAAAUGAUGAAUUCGAACAGCAUAUUCCCAAAAGAGCAUGCAAUUCGAGCUGGCCGUGAUGCUGAUGGCAGCACCAUUUAUGUGGGACGUGCCUUUCAUGAAACUGAUUUGCUCCCAGCAAAAGUUAUCCCCGAUAAACAUGCAGCAUUUGUUUCAUUCGAUGGCGAAGAACAUCCAAAAACCGAAUAUGAAGUGUUGCGCUCUGGAGUUUUUGUGUGGGAGUUUGCAACAAAUGGUGAAAUUCCAACUGGUGCAAUUGUAAUCGGCAAGACAAUUGAUGGAGAGAACUUGUAUAUGGGACGUUGUUUACACGAAGGAACUCAAACGCCGGGCAAAGUUCAAGCCAGCCACGGUUGUUUGUAUAUUCCGUUCAAUGGCGAGGAACUUUCUUUUCAAGAAUAUGAAGUUUUAGUAUUAAAAUAAAUAAAAUACAUUUUGAUUGAAGAAGUUUAGAAAAAUA